AUGGAGCGACAGCAAGAUCCCACUUCCAGCGAUCAAACAUCGUAUCUCGUACAGCGCUCGUCGCCAGACAUUGAAGGAUUCUGUAAGGAAUAUCCCCUGCGGCGACAUAGGUUCGAAGACGAAUCCAACAAAGGUGCACUGCAAUGCCGCGGGGACUGGGUCGAAUUUAUCGGUCCUAUUGAACGAUGGGGCUGCUGCAACCCAUGGGAAGGUAACUUUGCUGCCGUGGUACUUCCCUUUUGCAAGCCGGAAAGACUGGCGAUCAUCUCCUAUAUCUUGGAAUAUGCGUUCAUGUAUGAUAAUGUAGUAGAAUCAGCAGCCAAGUCGACGUUGAACAUCAACGCAGAUAACAUUGGUCUGGAUGAGACGGAAUACCGGACGGUGCGCUCGACCCUUGGAAGCAAACAGAUUCAAUCCAAGAUGAUCAUAGAGUUGCUGUCAAUCGACAAGCUCUGCGCAGAGGUUGUCAUUGACGUGUGGAAAACCAUGAUCGCCACGACUGCCAAGCUGGACAAGGCCCGCCCAUUUUCGAGUUUGGAAGAGUACGUCGACUAUCGGAUUAUUGAUACCGGAGCACCAUUCGUGGAUGCACUGAUGCGCUUCGGUAUGGGUAUCCGUCUUACGUCCGAAGAGGAGAAUCGUCUUGCACCGAUUGUAAAACCUUGCUAUGCGGCUCUGGGGUUGGCAAACGACUACCUCUCCUUUGAUGUUGAGUGGCAGGAGUUUCAGUCGGCGUCCUCUGGCAAGCGCACCAUGACGAAUCUUGUCUGGUUGUUCAUGCAAUGGGAUCAAGUGGACGUCCAAGAGGCCAAGAGACGCGUCCGAGAAGUAACAAACCAAUAUGAAGAUGAGUACAGGGAGCGUAUGGAGGCGUUCUUGGCAAAGGACGGUAGAGGCAACGACAAACUCAAGAUAUACCUACACGCUCUCGGCCAUCAAAUCCCGGGAAAUGUUGCGUGGAGUCUGCGAUGUCCGCGAUAUCACCCUGAGCUGUGUGACGACGCAAGUGCCUUACUAGAGAGGGGCCGAAAAGAAUCGAAGGGGGAAGCGAAGGAUCAAGAGACAGCCCAUGAUAUACCGGCUGACGAUAGUGCUCGGCGCCCCAGCGAAUCGGAUGACAGUUGCUCGGCUAGCUCCUCGAUUUGGUCCGUCUCGAAGAGGUCAUCCAUAUCAUCAGCUCCCUCUGAUAACAGCGAACCGUGGUCUCUGGAGCAGGUCAAGCUGGGCGAUGAGCAUUUACUGGCCCCUGCAGAGUACAUCAGCUCUCUGCCUUCCAAAGGUGUCCGGGAAGCCUUUGUCGAUGCUCUCAAUGUAUGGGUAAUGCUUCCCGAUCGCACUGUCGCGCAGCUGAAAAGCAUCGCCCAGACUUUGCACAAUGCUUCAUUAAUGUUGGAUGAUAUCGAGGACUCGUCACCCCUGCGCCGCGGACGACCAGCCACGCACACGGUCUUCGGUGUCGGCCAGACGACCAAUUCCGCCAAUUUCCUGCUGAUUCAGGCCGCUGAUCAAGUGCGACAAUUGGGUGACUCACGAUGCAUGGAUAUUUUCAUGGAAGAAAUGCGGCUUCUUUUCCGCGGCCAGAGCUUCGAUUUGUACUGGACGCGACAGGGGGAGUGUCCAUCGGAGGAGGAGUAUUUGGUGAUGAUACGCAACAAAACCGGAGGUCUGUUCCGAUUGAUCGCCCGAUUGAUGGCACAAAAAGACCCAUUCCAGAAUCACAGUCUGCAUACGUCACUUGAGUCCUUGGCUGGUCAGCUUGGCGAGUACUUUCAGAUUCGAGACGACUAUAAGAACCUGACCGAGGAGUAUACUGGACAGAAAGGCUUCUGUGAAGAUCUUGACGAAGGAAAAUUCUCGUUUCCCUUGAUCCAUGCUCUGUUCUCACGGCCCAAAAACCUCCAGUUGCGAGGCAUCCUGCAACAGUCUCGGAUAAGUGGAGGGCUCGAUAUCUCCUUGAAAGAGUGUGCGCUUCAUCAUAUCCGCGAGGCUGGUAGUAUGGAGUACACGGAAAAGACGCUGUCGGUGUUGAUGGAUCGGAUCGACGAUUCUCUCCGGUCGCUGGAAAGACAGAACGGAAGACUUAAUUGGAUUUUGAGACUUUUGUUGCAUAGAUUGAAGGUCUGA